CGAGUAGGCAGUCACAGAAAAAAGCCCAACAGGUUCGUCCACACGACGCAAUUGCAUUUAGUUGAUAAUUGAAACGUAAAUUAAGCUAAAAUGAGCAAAGAAAUUACAUUGGCGACGGUUAAGGAACACAAUAAGAGCAAUGAUCUAUGGAUAAUAAUUGAGAAUAAGGUGUAUGAUGUUACCAAAUUUCUAAAUGAGCAUCCUGGUGGUGAAGAUUCCCUUCUCUCUGUGGCCGGUCGUGAUGGCACCAAAGACUUUAUUGACGUUGGUCAUAGCCAGGAUGCACGCAAUAUGAUGAAGAAAUAUUAUAUCGGAGAUCUGGCUGCAAGUGAUAUUAAGAAAAAAGUGCCUCUGAAAGAAAUUGGACUCGCUGUGGGCGCAAUUUUCUUGGGCAUUACAUUGGUCUAUUUGUUAAAACGUGGUUUGGCCAAAAAUUGAAUACUCAGCGCACAUUUUAUAACAAUAAUGGAUGGGACACACAGCCAGAUGUAAAUUUCUACUUCAUUCCAAGGCACGAGCAAAUAACAAGCAACGACAUCACUAGCCACUAUAAUUAAUGGCUCCAACUACUGGACAAGCGUAAAGUUUUACUUAAAUGCUCUUUGUAUGGAGAGCUGUUUGAUAUUAAAGUAUGUUACUACAAGGAUAGUCCCAAAUAUACUCGAUUUAAAAUAAAUAAUACAUUCAAUUGUGA